AUGGCCCGCCAUCUUACCAUGAAAAAAAGCAUUUUCCAAAAGCUAGAUUUGACCGACGCGAACCUCGCUUGGGAACUUGUCGGAAGUGAAGUGGUCAGGCUGUUUGCAGGUGAGCACCUCAUUCCGAUUCCAACUUUCAGCAGCAAACGUUCCCCGUGUGCCCCUGGAUUUGUAGCACUUCGGAAGGAACGGACGUUUAGAGAAUGGAUGUUCAGACGGCCCCAGAAUUUCCUCUUGACAGAAUUUCUUUGGGAUUUCCAUCCUGCGUGGGACGACAAACAACGUAUUCUCCACUCCAGCUCAAAACUGGAAGAUACCGAGGCCAGCUUUGUGUACGAAAGAUCUCUAACGAGUAAGGGCAAAAGUAAGACAGUCCGUGUAGUGCUGAACGGCAAAGAAAAAUCCUCUCUGGAUGAGAUGCCGGGGGAGAUGACCAUUGACCUUGAGAAUUUUGAGGACUCGUAUUUCGAUGAUCUCGACAUAUUUCUGGUAGACACAGUGUAUUCCUGUGACUCUGGUUUCCUUGAGGUAACGAUAGAUGACGACAUAGCCAAGAUAGAAUUCUCAGCGAGGUUUCCGAUAGGAUUUAAACUCCUCAAACUUGAUACUGGCUAUGGCUCGUUCCCGCGAAAAAUCAGAAGCAUUAAACCGGUCAACGCUGGGAAAUGGAAAGGCUUGUGGCUGGACCGAUCUCAUUACAAACAUGCUCUUCACCAGAUCAUGCCUAAUCAGAACAAAUAUGGAGGCGCUGCAGGCGAUGUCUUAGGUAUGCAUAACACUCCUUUCAAUCUUAACGAUUAG